CUUGAUUUCGGAUGCUCGAUUCAAGAGCCGAGCCGCGCAACAACUCCCUUUCUUCCAUCUUCAGCCCUCAAUAAAUACCGCCCCGCCAGAGGUAUCUGGGCCCCUCACCUAUCCGCAACCAUGAUGGUCGAUCCCUUCGAAGUGCGGAUGCGCUUCACGGCGCAGUUGCAACACCUCAAUGCCUCGGUCACAUCAUCCCAGAAAGCGGCGCACUAUGCGCUGAAGUACCGCGACAUGGACGAGGAUCUCCACUCGUGCAUUCUCGAACAAUUAGAGCGAAACAACAUGAACAACCGAGCCAACAUCAUGUACUUCGUCGAGCAUUUCUGCGAGAUGGCCACGCGGGAAGACCACGCGCCCUACGUCCGCAUGAUCCAGCGCGAUAUUAUUCGGAUCGUCGACGCCGUCGCGCCGCCCGACGGCUCCGGGGCCGCGAACGUCAAGCACGUCCGCCGGGUCCUGAACGGGCUGCAGACCAAGGAGAUCCUCUCGGCGGCGACGGUGGCGGAGAUCGACGCCUUCCUGAAGGAGCGCGAGACGCACCCGGCUCACCUGGAUCUGGAGGGGGAGGAAGACGAAGAAGGCGCGGGGGGCGGCGAUGCGGCGACGGGGGCGGCGGUGACGGCGCGGGCCAAGGGUGCGACGCCGCGGGGCUCGCGCGGGAGGGUGGACAAGCGGCAGAUCGAGCAGCGCAUCGAGGAGGACCGCGAGCGCAACAAGCGGCUCCGGGAGAGUAUGUGGACGGUCAGCGGGGAUGACGGCGAUGAGCAUGGCAGGUUCUGGGAUGAGGCGAGUGAGAUCGGGGAGGAUGACUUUCUGGCCGCCAAGGAGGAGCUGAUGGAGCGGAAGCAGAUGGUGGGUGCUCGGUGAAGGGUUGCCAGCUUCAUUAUCUUUGUGGUUCUUCAUUGCGGGGUGAUUUGCUGGAGUCUUGGGUGGAAAGGGAGUUUUGAGGAGUUUCUGAUGCUUACUACUACUGAUACUAUACACAGCAUGGUUUGGCGUUCUUCAAUGGUGUGCAUGUUCAGUGGAAAUAUCUUACGAGUUUCACAGCUCAUCCAUUGCACUAUUUACAGUCGUCCAGGAUACCCGAAAAGUAAAUACUAUAUCAUCUUCAAACGAAAAUUGAC